UACCAGGAGCAACUCCAUUCUAGGCACUACCGAGUCAGAAGUCACUGGGGGGCUGACCCGGGAGAGCGCCGCUGUCAUAACAGUCUCCGCCGGUGACGGCUCGCACCAUAGGUCCGGUCUGUGGAGCUGUCCGGUGUCCGGGAGGAGCUGCCGUGCGAUCCCUGAGUCACUGCCGGAUGCCGGCUCGUACUGUAAACAAUAGAUGCCUGUAGUGUCUUCCUGAGCAGGACCAUCCCAGGUGCCUCCAGCCUCCUGUCAUCUGAGCGGCCUCCUACAGCUCUCCUGGCCUCCUGCGUCAGAUCCCAUGAUCCAGCAGUCCGGACAAUAUUUACUGUGGAGGGUGUAGGUUCCUCCAGGACACUGUCCAUCUAGGAGGAGCAGCCUACUGAGUCUCUGGAUCCCCAGAAGAUCCCCGUCUGGACCUUUGGACCCUUUAAGUUGAUCCCAGGAGAUGUCUACAUUGCAACGUUGAUCCUCAGUAGAUCACAGUUUGGAAUAGGGAUCACAAGACGAAGAUCCCUCUCACCAAGAGUGUAAACUUGGAAUAAUCCCGGUUGUUACAUUGUAACACUUGAAGAUCCUUCUUACGAAUAUUGUAACCCUUGUUGAGGCAUCGUGACAGCAGAAGAUCCAACCCUUAUAUAGCGUAACUUGGAGCGAUCCCUUCUAAACCAAGAGAUCCCUCUUACAAACAUUGUAACUCUAGGCGAUCCCUGUUGAGACACUGUGACGCCAUAAAAUCCCUCUAACGAAGAACAUAACCCCGGGCAGUCCCUAUUGACAGGAGAUCUUUCUUACGAAGAACGUGACUCAGGAACGAUCCCUAUUUCUACAGAAGAUCCCUCUUAUGAAGUGUGAUGACCCUGAUCCUCCAUGCAGAAGAUUCUUCCAGUUUUAGUUUAGCGUCAUCACAAGAUGUCUUCCUUGUGACAAUCUUCUGAGAAUAUAAUUUGCUUUAGUAUCAAGGACAACUAAGGAGACGUUCUCCUCUGAAGAACAUCGAUGCCAUUUCAUCCACGUGUCUAAGUGCUGCUGAAUCGGUAGAUGAUCUUCUAGAAGAGACUCCAGCUCUUAGACGCAUUAAUUUACCAUUUUUUAUGUUUACUUAGUUUGGUCAUUGUCUCCAUCCACACACAUCACUGUAUACAUUGAGUAAGACGGGUCUGGAGGGAAGGACUAGAUGACUGUUAUUCUUCCUGGUCAACUCUAGAAUAGUCCACUGGUGACACUUCAGCUGACAGGGAGCCCCAUCUCAGGUGGCAAUGCAUUUGUCUUACCAGAUGUAAGUUUGAUGUAUAGCAAGCCUGACAUCCCUGGCUGUACAUUGUAUGUGCCGUUCUAGAUUACAGGUGGGCAUUUCAGAUUUCUAGACUCCUCGAUAAUGAAGUCUCUCAGUAGACCCUACAUCCCUACUGGUUUCAGAGCCCUGGCUUAGUUUUGAGUCACGUGGUUUAAUUUUAAUGGAAAUACUGUGCAAUAAACCUAAUUUCUAGAACUAGUAACUAUAUUUUUAUUAGGUUAGCUUUCCUUUGAACCAAUAUUUAGCUCUUCGGUAAAUUUAACCAUAGCCUUUAACAUUUCGAAGGAACUUUUGGUUUUAGCUCUUAGAUAGAAGAUGAGCAGCCAAGGUGAUAAAACGGCGAUGACUGGUUUGAUGUGCCAGGAGAAUUUUGCAUGUUCCGGAAGCGAAGAAGCCUUGUUCGAGUGCGACGAGUGCAAAACAUUACAAUGUCAGCGUUGCGAAGAGGUUCUGCACAAGCAAGAGAGGCUCCAGAACCACGAGCGGGCGUUGAUACCGCCUGGCUAUGUCCCUUACUGCUCCUCAUGUAAAGGGGCGAACAACUGUGGCCCUGCGGGAGCUAGACCUCGGGCGGCGGUGAGGUGUCUCUCUUGUAAAAUUGAUCUCUGUACAGACUGUCAGAAGCGGACUCACUCUGGGGGGAACAAACGAAAGCAUCAAGUCACUUCUUACCAAACAGUAAAGAGCCACGAGCCUCAGGAAGGUCCAAAGAUGGACGACGAGACCCAGAAAAAGAAGAUGACCGAGAAAGUUGUCAGUUUCCUACUUGUGGAUGAAACGGAGCAAAUUCAGGUAGAAGAUGAAGAGGAUUUCUUGAGAAAACUAGAUUGCAAUCCUGAGGAUUUACUAAAAGUUGUCUCAGUUUUUGGAAACACCGGUGAUGGUAAAUCUCACACCCUCAACCACACGUUCUUCUAUGGACGUGAAGUGUUCAAAACCUCUCCUGCUCAAGAGUCCUGCACUGUUGGCGUAUGGGCAGCGUUUGAUCCCGUCCACAAAGUGGUAGUCAUUGACACAGAAGGACUGCUCGGGGCCACUGUCAACCUGAGUCAAAGAACUCGGUUGCUUCUUAAAGUCUUAGCCAUUUCAGAUCUAGUCAUCUAUAGGACUCACGCAGAUCGUUUGCACAAUGAUUUAUUCAAGUUUCUUGGUGAUGCCUCUGAAGCCUACUUGAAACAUUUUACUAAGGAGCUGAAAGCCACCACUGCUCGCUGUGGUUUAGAUGUGCCACUUUCCACUUUGGGACCUGGAGUCAUCAUAUUUCAUGAAACUGUACACACCAAACUAUUGGGAUCAGAGAAAGCCUCUGAGAUACCAGAGAAGGUCAUUCAGGACCGCUUCCGCAGGCUUGGUCGUUUCCCAGAAGCCUUCAGCUCUAUACAUUAUAAAGGGACUCGCACCUAUAACCCACCCACUGACUUCUCAGGCCUUAGGCGUUCCAUCGAGCAGCAGCUGGAGACCAACACCACGCGAUCUUCCCGUCAUCCUGGCGUCAUCUACAAGGCUUUAAAGGCAUUGAGUGAUCGCUUUAGUGGUGAAAUUCCCGAUGACCAAAUGACACAUAGCUGUUUCUUCCCUGACGAGUAUUUCACCUGCUCUGUGCUGUGUCUUAGCUGUGGAGCAGGAUGUAAGAACAGCAUGAAUCACUGCAAGGAAGGAGUUCCUCAUGAAGCUUCAAGACGCUGCAGAUAUUCCCACCAGUAUGACAACAGAGUGUUUACUUGUAAGGCUUGCUAUGAAUGCGGGAGAGAAAUGAAUGUGGUACCAAAAACCUCUGCAUCUACAGACUCCCCUUGGCUGGGUCUUGCCAAGUAUGCCUGGUCUGGGUAUGUGAUUGAAUGCCCAAACUGUGGGGUGAUCUAUCGCAGUCGUCAGUACUGGUUUGGAAAUCAGGAUCCAGUUGAUACUGUUGUGCGCACAGAGAUACAACAUGUCUGGCCAGAUUCUGAUGGAUUCUUAAAGGAUAACAACAAUGCAGCUCAGCGUCUUCUGGAUGGGAUGAACUUUAUGGCCCAGUCUGUAACUGAAUUAAGUAUUGGACCCACAAAAGCUGUGACGUCAUGGUUGACUGAUCAGAUUGCCCCGGCUUAUUGGAAACCAAACUCCCAAAUUCUGGAAUGUACAAAAUGCAGAAUCCCUUUCAAAGAUAAUGACACCAAACAUCACUGCCGGGCCUGCGGGGAGGGCUUCUGUGACAUCUGCUCAUCUAAAAGCCGUCCAGUGCCUGAACGAGGUUGGGGACUGUCCCCAGUUCGUGUAUGCGACUGCUGCUAUGACCUGAGAGGAACAUACAUUGUUGCCGAUGGCAGUGAAGAUGAUGAAGGAGGUACUGUAAUUGCAAGAAAGGUUGGUGAAGCCGUACAGAACACAUUGGGAGCAGUGGCAACAGCUAUUGACAUUCCAUUAGGACUAAUGAAAGAUGCAGCAAGACCUACCUACUGGAUUCCAGACCACGAGAUCACACAUUGCUUCCAAUGCAAGAAAGAAUUUAACAUCAAACUCUCCAAACACCAUUGUCGGGCUUGUGGACAGGGCUGCUGUGGUGACUGUUCAAGUGAUAAAAGACCAGUGCCCUCCCGUGGCUGGGAUCAUCCUGUCCGUGUGUGUGUUAACUGCAAUAAGAAGCCUGGUGACCUAUAACCAUACUCCAUUACCAGAUUUCACAAUGCAUUACCUACUCAGGGCUAGAUAAUAACGGAACCUAUCUUCAUCUAUAGGCGUCUUUACCAAUGCAUGCUCUGACCUAUCAGCUGUGGUCUCAUCCUCCUCCUCCUUAUUUUUACAAUUAUUAUUAUAUUAAACCUUGAUGACACCAAACAUGCUUUGUCUAGGAGACUGAAAAUCAUAUAAUCUGCACUUUGUAACAUUGGAAUAUAAAUCCACUUUGUAUGCACCUUGCAGCUCCACCACACUAGGACUAUAUUAAAUUUUUGGUUCUCUUCCGCCGUUGCUUUUUUGGAACAUAUUUUUAUUUCAAUAUAGGACAUUGUCCCAAGGUUGUCCAACAUGUUUCUGCUCAUACCGUAAGAUGACGAAGACUUCAUGUUAAUUUAUAUGUGGAAAUCUUAAAAUUUGUUAAUUUUUUUUCACUAUAAAAAUCACCUGUAAUAUAGAUAGGCGUCAAUUCUGAGUUGCUGUAUAACUGGUGUCAACCCAAUUGUCAAACUGAGAUUUUAAAUGAUUCUAUACGGUCAGCCUUUCUAGAAUAUAGACAAUGAAUGCAAGUAACGUAUAGAAUGCUGCUCGUUUGAGAAUCUUAUUCAUCCCCAUUUUAAAUUGAUGUUAGAUAUUUACUGUAUUUUUGGACUAUAAAGCUUCCAUCUACCCUGGUGAUCUAGGGUAGUGGAGGGGUUAUUGCUUUCUUCCUUUGCCACCAUAGGGAGAGGUUAAUGCCAGGUACCCCGGUUGCCUAAAGUAGUGAAGGGGGUAAAAGUAGGUGUCCAGUUGUCUCCAUUGAUGUUGUCUUUUUUUCUGACAUAGUCAGGGGGCCCAGCAGCACCACCAACCUUUUCCUAUUUUCUUAUCGAUCAGGCAGAGCAUCCAUGAAGAUAUGUGUCUAACCAUAGAGUGAACGGCAUAGCUGCACAAUCCCCUGUAUCCCUGCUCCAAUACUAAUGAUAAGUGAAGGGUAGUGAGGAAAAACUGAAAAUCAUGGGCACAUCAUGCUAAAGAGGUUGUACAAGGUUAAAAAAAAAAUGGCCUCCUUCUUUCAAAAACUUGGCCGCAGGUUGUGUGCAGUAUUGCAGUUCAGCCAUAAUCACUUCAGCAGAGCUGAGCUGCAAUGCCAUACACAACCUGUGGACAGAUGUGUUGCUCUUUCUGGAAGGAUGCAGAAAUCUGGGCAACCCCUUUAAUGUGAUGUGCCCUUGGUGUUACCCUGCAUACAAUAGAUUGUGCGACUGUGGUUUAUCAGCUAUGCCAGAGGUCAGCCUCCUUCGGCCCUCCAGCUGCUGUAAAACUACAAUUCCCAGCAUACACACUGGCUCAGAUGCUCUUGUAACUCCUAUAGAAGUGAAUGGGUAGAUAAAGGUUAACUGGUUUGGACCUUUUUAAAUGGGGCUGUAGGCAAGAAGCUUUAUACCAAGUGAAUAUUGGUUAAAAAAAAAUAGUUUAUUACUAAUGUCAACACGUUUCAAGGGCGUACCGCCCUCUUCAUCAGGACAAUUAUACAAUGUAUGAUUUUUUAUUUUUUUUUACCAGUAUUCACUUGGUAUAAAGCUUCUUGCCUACAGCACCAUUUAAAAAGGUCCAAACCAGUUACCUUUUAUCUACACAUCUUCUUAUCCUGACAACCACGAACGUGACUCAGGAAGGGACCUUGGCAGCAGUACCGGCAUCCCCGCACGCUGGAUGGGCAAAUACCAGCGAAGGCAAAAAAAAAACGUUGUUGUGACUCAUCACAACACAAUACGGUAAGUGCAACCGAGAAUAAACUGCUAAAUUUCUGUGAUACAGCAACACACACGAGGCGCCGCCUCCUGUCGUCUUCUUUUUUAUAUAGAAGUGAAUGGAGCAUUCUGGGAAUUGUACUUUUGUAGAGCAGAUGGAGGGCCAGAGGUUGCUGAUCCCUCAGCUAUACAGAAUUGGGCAGAGACCUUCGUGGAUGCUUCACACGAUUAUUAAUGAAUAGGGAGGGUCUGCUGCAGCUGAUCUUCUGACUAGAUCAUGCUCACUUUUCAGCAAACUUUUUUUUCCUGAUAGUUCAAAAAUACUGCAUAUUAUUGUAGCUGACAAUGAAUAUAAAGACUGAUGAAGAUGAUGAGUAUUUCCAAAUGGUCCAAGUAAAGCUAGCACUAUCCAUAAUUUUAAUAUCUGAGCCCGUCAUCACCUUUCCAUUUUGUAAGAGUAGACAGGUCCUCUGUACAUUACUAUGAUUUACGUCUUUUCUGUGUAAGAAAAAUCAGAGCCCCAAAUUAUCCACUGCUGUCAAUGCAAAAUAUGACCGGAGGAGUGCCGGAACGAGGCCAAGGUAUGUGGCUGUAUACACUAGCUUCCCAUAACCAGCGGGGUGUGGUGUAUUUCUUUAUUGCCCGAGACUCCUCCAUGGAUAUUUUACAUUGGCAACAGUAGAGGUUUAACCACAGAUUUUGUCUAAGGGAUUUUAUAUAAAAAUGUGUUUAUGAACAAUAUCAUCCCUUUGCUUAUGUCACAAGAACAUUUUAUGAAUGUAAUCCUCUAAAAACUAAAAUAUACUAUAUACCC